AUGAUUGUGCCAACAGUAGCUAGUAUCUUGCUGUAUAUAUCUCAAUUAUUCGUUGGGAGUAUUGUCAGGGAGUCAAAUGAUUUCACUUUGCCUUCUCUGGGCGAGAGCAACACCAGCUUUGUCAACUCGCUCAAAUUGAAUAAUGUAACGGAUAUGAAGAGGCACGGUAGACUAAGCAAGUGGUCUGCUACCAAUAAGGCAAGAUUUCUUAAGGAUCUGGACGCCGGUAAGGCUGGUGAUUGGAUCGUCGCUCUAGGCAACCAGGCUGCAGACACAGACAGUCUCGCUAGCUCUAUCGCUAUGGCUUACCACCUCGAACAUACACAAGAAGGUACAAAUGCAAUCGCUUUAUUACAAACACCGCGUGACUCGUUAGACUUACGUCCAGAAAACAAACUGGCGUUGAGGGAUGCAGCUAUGUCCCAUGGAGACCAUCAGGAUCUGCUCACAAUCGAUGAGUUACCGAUGAAAGUUAAGAGACUUGCACCUCUGCUUAAAGGUAUAGCGUUAGUGGAUCACCCAGAGCCAGUUGGUGAUUGGAAGCUAGCCAACAUUUCUGCAAUCAUUGAUCAUCACAAGGAUAGGCAUUGGGGUGAAGAUGCUGAUCCGCGUAUCAUUGAAAUGUCCAAGAGCUGUUCAUCUCUAGUUGCUAGAGAUCUGAUGAAUGAUCACAGGAAUCUACAAAUGGAGGGUGAAAAAAUGCCUCGUGAGUUAGCAGAUAUACUCCUCGCAGCGAUUGCAUUAGAUAGUGAUGGAUUGGAGAACGCGACUGAUGUAGAUCUUAGCUCUGCUGUAGAGCUGUACAAAUACGCAAACGGACAGCACAAGAAAUUCAAAAGCAAGAAAUUUUUCAAGUACAUGACCAAGCUUAAUAGAGCAUAUAGAAAUGCUCGCAAGGAUCUUGAACAGCUCAAUUUCCUCGAUCUGCUCAAAAGAGACUAUAAAGGUGACCUCUUCCAGCCCUCAAACCACAAGCAGCACAGAUUGCACCUCGGGUUCGCCAGCAUACCAUUCUCAAUUGAAGAUCAGAUUAAAAGAUCGCUUCCUAGCAAAACACUUCGCGAGUACAGAGCCAUCGAGCGGCAGUUCAUGAUUGAUAGAAGCAGCGAUAUAAACGUCAUUAUGUCGAAACACAAGGAGAAAGAUGUGAACGGGGAGAAAGUUAAAGUGAGAGAUAUAGGCGUGCUCGUCAGACACGAUGGCAGGCUGAAUGGCACUUCACUCGCGCAAGUUUCGUUCGACAAUAUUGUUAAAGCGAUUGAAGGCAAUUUGCAAGUAAAGAGGUGGAAUGGAUCUGAUGGCGGAGACGAUGGUGGAGAGUUAGGCGGACGCAGACGAAUCUGGACACAAAUCGGAGGCAAUGGUGCGGACAGUGGUGGCGUCGGAAGGAAGGUAAUAAGGCCGCUAAUAGAGGAAUCAUUGAGGUAUAUUUGA